AUGGGAAUACCUCUUGAACCAUUUGUCCCUGAAAAACCAUGUGAGUCUGCCCCAAUUCCAUGUCCUACACCAAAAUUAAGCAAAAAGGCACGGAUUAACUCAGAUAUAUUUCUUGAUCGGCUCAAGUUUUUUGUAUCAAAUAUACUUCCCACACGACCAGUGUUAUUGAUUCAAGAUGGACAUGCAACUCACAUAUCUAUUGACCCUAUUAAAUUUGCAAAGGCAAAUAAUAUUCAUAUGCUAUGUUUGCCAUCCCAUAUGACGCAUAUUCUUCAACCACUGGAUGCCGGUGUGUUUAAAUCAUUUAAGACAAAUUUCUCAAAGUCAUGUUCCAGUUACAUUUCAAAGCAUCCUGGACGAGUUGUCACAGCUGACAUUUUAUCAGCACUUGUAGCUGAGGCUUGGCCUAUCUCUUUUACUACUUUAAAUAUUAUGAGUGGUUUUCGAAAAUGUGGACUGUUCCCACAUAACCCUAGUGCUGUUGAUGACAGACAAAUGGCCCCAUCCAAAGCACUUGUAGCAAGAGAGUCAAAAACCAUCGAAACUGUGCCAAAUGUACCCAGUUCUGAUUCAAUCACAGACAAUGCAUCAGAUGCCAGCUCAGUUGAUAGUCCUGUUUUUACAAUAGAGAAAGAGGAACUGUAUGGAAAAAGAUUUCAAGAGGGCUUUGAUAUUCCUGAUCCGGGAUAUGCUGCAUGGCUUAAAAUUAACCAUCCCGAAAUAGCACUGUCAACUACAGGGACAUCAACAACUAUGUCAUCCAAGCCUAAUUCUGCAAGUCGGGUUGAUAAGCAGCAAGUGGCUUCCUCUGAUGUCCUUCAUCAAGUACUAGUUCUUCCUGUCCCACAACAACAGAAGCAGAGACAAAGGGAAGGUGUUACGACUAGACGUUGCUGUAUCACUGACAUGUUGGAUGAGUUAAAGGAAAAUGAGAAAAGACGAAGAGAUGAAAAGGAGAUGAAGCUAGCUAAGCAAUUAGAAAAAGAAGAAAAUCGUAGAAUGAAAGCACUUGAAAAAGAGCAGAAACAGAAGGAGCAUCAAAAAGCAAAGGAAGAGAAGUUAAAAGAAAAGGAGGCUAAAUUAUUGGAGAAGCAACAAAGGCAAAGGGAAAAGGAAGAAAAAAGAGAGGCUAAGCAGAGAGAGAAGGAAGAAAAAAGAGACUAG